AUGACAGCGGUGAGGGUGGAUCCAGACGACGUCUGCUACAGCGCUGGGAUCAAUGCGUGCGAAAAGUGUAGGCAGUGGCAGUGGGCAUUGUCUCUGCUGUAUAGGAUGCGGCAAAUCAGGUGCGAUCCGACUGAUUUCAGCUACAGCGGCGCGGUCUCUGCGUGCGAGCAGGGGGGACAGUGGCAGAUGGCGGUCUCCUUGCUGAGCGACAUGUGGGACACAAGCGUGGGCCCGAACACCGUGAGCGUCAACGCGGGAAUGAGAGCUUGCCAGAAGUCUGGGCAGUGGUGGCAGUCUCUGGCGUUGCUGACCAGGCUCCGCGACGGGAUGGCGGAGCCAGACGCCAAUAGCUACAGCGCCGGGAUCACUGCGUGCGAGAAAGGAGGUCGGUUGCACCAGGCGCUCACGCUCCUGAGCCAGGUGCGCGACACAAGUCUGGGGUCGGACAGUAUCGGCUGCUGCGCUGCCAUCUGUGCAUGA